AUGCAAGGUUUGUUUAAUGAAGAUGGCCAAUCCAAUGAGGUACCACAAAUUACCUCAGGGGGUUCUGGUCAGCCUAUGUCAAUUGUCAAUGUUCAUCAUGAUUCUUCCGCUGCUCCUACAAUUGUCAAAUUGAAUGGAACAAAUUAUUCAGUAUGGUCCCAACUACUUGAGUUACAUGUUGCUGGGAAGGGAAAAUAUGGGUAUCUAACAGGUGCUUCCGCUGCACCAGCUCUGGCAGACUCCAAUUACAAUAAGUGGUAUGCUGAAAAUGCAAUUGUGAAGGGAUGGUGA